GCGAGGAUAGAGAAGAACCAUGAGGUUUUAGAUAUUGGAUGCGGAUGGGGAACUUUGGCCAUAGAAGCUGUGAGAAGAACUGGAUGCAAAUAUACUGGUAUUACGCUAUCUAUUGAACAACUUAAGUAUGCAGAAGAAAAAGUAAAACAAACUGGACUUCAGGACCGGAUUACGUUUAAGCUCUGCGAUUAUCGCCAACUAUCUGAUGCUCAAAAAUAUGACAGAAUUAUAUCUUGCGAGAUGCUAGAACAUGUUGGCCACAAAUUCAUGGAGACAUUUUUCAGUCACUGUGAAGCUGCGCUUGCGGAAGACGGCAUUUUUGUCUUGCAGUUUAUAUCGAUACCCGAAGAACGUUACAAUGAGUACAGACUAAAUUCAGAUUUCAUAAAAGAAUACAUAUUCCCAGGUGGAUGCCUUCCUUCUUUAGCCAGAGUUACUUCAGCCAUGUCCUCUUCUUCUAGGCUAUGCAUUGAAAAUGUUGAGAACAUUGGGAUUCAUUACUACCAAACGCUGAGAUUGUGGAGGAAGAAUUUCUUGGAGAGACAAAAACAAAUCAUCGAUCUUGGAUUCGACGAUAAAUUCAUUAGGAUAUGGGAAUAUUAUUUCGACUAUUGUGCAGCUGGUUUCAAGACUCUUACCCUUGGAGACUACCAGAUAUUUUUCUCACGUCCAGGGAAUGUAGUUGCAUUCGGUGAUGAUGAUCCGUCCCGCAGCUCCUUUUCAACUCAGAAAAAACAACGUUAGAUGAAUCAUUUCCAAUCUGAAGUACUACUCACAUUUCUUGUGUGUUUCCCGUAAAGUUUCAUAAUUUGCGAUCGGUAUCUGGACAGUUGAAUUUCUGCUUUCAUAAUUGAGUA